AUGGCUGACUUCGAUCAAGAUAUGCAAUGCUUACUGCUAUCGUUGAAAGCCAGUGAUGUUGUCCGAGGAAAACUCUCACAACUAGGCCUUACUACGGUACAUCUUUUGGCAGCGGUGGGUGAUGAAGAUCUCACAACGGCGUUUUCCUCUAAGGCGGACACUGUUACCACACGCACCACUGCGUUCGCGUUGAAGGCUGCUGCAAAGUUGGUGGUAUCUAUGAACGACGAUGUGGUCCCACUACCCGGUCAGCCCGAUGCCUUGCUGCGAUCUCUUGUCGAGGCCUGCCCAAAAACGGUGAAGGAUGGACCUCCUCCAGAAUUCCUUUCUCUGCCAAGGCAUAUGAAGAGGUUAUACGUAGCUCCUUUGACGUAUUCGGACUUUGCAGAAUCGGUCCCGCCUCGGAAUCAAACGCCUGCCUCAGCUAUCAGAUAUGAGGUCAGCUUGGACGGAUCAGUGGUGGCAGUCCAGAACAACAACAAACCCGGGAAAAUUGGUUUCUGCAGUGACUGGUAA